AUGAAGGUCAAGAAUCAUCUGAUGCAGACCACGCUCUUUGGAAGAUGUGGGGUGGUGGGGCGUAGUGUGUAUAUGAGGAUCGCGCACAGUGCGUGCGGAAAUUGCACUGUGACUGAGAAGGAAACUCCACUUGCCAAUGCCGCAUUCUGGGCAGCGAGGAGAGGAAACCUGGCUCUGCUCAGGCUGUUGCUGAACAGCGGCCGGGUGGACGUGGACUGCAGGGACAGUCAUGGCACCACACUCCUCAUGGUCGCCUCCUACGCUGGUCACAUAGACUGCGUGAAGGAACUCGUUCUCCAAGGGGCGGACAUCAAUCUCCAGAGAGAGUCAGGUACAACUGCCCUGUUCUUCGCUGCCCAGCAAGGCCAUAAUGACAUCGUGAGAUUUCUCUUUGGAUUUGGAGCAUCCACUGAAUUUAGAACUAAAGACGGGGGCACUGCCCUGUUGGCUGCCAGUCAGUACGGGCAUGUGCAGGUGGUGGAUACCUUGCUGAAGCACGGAGCCAACAUCCACGACCAGCUUUAUGAUGGAGCCACUGCACUCUUCUUGGCUGCCCAAGGCGGUUACUUGGAUGUUACUCGAUUAUUAUUGUCUUCAGGAGCAAAAGUCAACCAGCCAAGGCAGGACGGGACGGCGCCGCUGUGGAUCGCGUCUCAGAUGGGCCACAGUGAGGUGGUGAGGGUGAUGCUUUUGCGUGGAGCCGACCGCGACGCCGCCCGGAACGAUGGUACAACAGCUUUACUGAAAGCAGCCAACAAAGGAUAUAAUAAUGUUAUAGAGGAGUUGCUGAAAUUCUCACCCACCCUUGGUAUUUUGAAGAAUGGGACAUCGGCACUCCAUGCGGCUGUGCUCAGCGGGAAUAUUAAAACAGUCGCACUGCUCCUGGAAGCAGGGGCAGAUCCAGCCCUGAAAAACAAGGCCAAUAAACUUCCAGCAGAAUUAACCAAAAAUGAACGUAUAUUGCAUCUCCUCCAAGAUAAAGAAGGGCACAGGAAGAGUUGCACUACUAUUUGACUGAAAAGUAGAAACCUUACCCACAUUGUCCAAAAAGAAAUUGCUUUUUAAAUAGUGUUGGAAAUUCUUUUAAGAAAGAAAAUGCUCCAAAUGCCCACUCUGGGACCCUGACCAAGAACAGCUGUGCUUUGUGUCCUGAAUCAAGAACAGAACAGCUCAGGGACUCCUUUCCUUCCUUACCCGGGCUUCUCACGCUGGCCUAUAACCCCACUCCAGUGGGGCCUGGCAGUUUUGUGGAUUCCACAGAAACUCAUUUUAAAUUACACUAACUUGGGCCUCUCAGUUAAACUUGAAUUGUUAAAUCUUCUAAGAGGUUCAAGCAAGGAGACAGACUGUAAACCUAUAAAAGACUGAAAGUCUGACCGUCAAUGAAUCAACACACUUUUGCUUUUGUGUUAACUGUAAGUGUGCUAAAAGAUAUAGCUCCGUUAUAAUGGAGCUACAUCUUUAUGUCAUUGCAGUUUAAAAUGUUCUCUUCUACGCAAGGAUCAUAGCCAUGGUUACUAAAACUCAAGGAUGUGUAAAGUUAGGUUAUAAAAAGCCACUUCUGACAUUCCACCAUGUGCUUUUCAGAGAUGGACUGUUGAACUAUUAAAAAAAAUUAUUCAUUUGUAAGCUGAUCCUCAUCUUAUUCCUAACAUGUAAAAAUCAUUUUUACCUAGAGUCCAGAUUUUAGAUAUGGUAAGAUACAAGUGGCAAAUUUGGAAAUUCAGAAAAUUAAAACCACAAGAAAUUUAAGCUUGUUUCAUUGAGCUUUUGUUUUGGUUCUAUUAUUGGGAAUCUAUUUCCCGUGCCAUAACUAAGUAGAUUUAACAUGCUGUGGAAUCUUGACCUUCCAACACUACGUUGCUUCAUACAAUGACUUUGGGGUCUUUGGAUAAAAUGUGGUAUAUGCAAGUACAAUAUGUUGUUAUUACUGUUGCAGGAGUUUAAGUAAUAAAAGACUGUUAUUAGCAUUUAAUAAGUGUUCAUCUAUGCAUGUUCUUUAGCUGAUUGAUUCCAAGAAAGAAACCUAGAUUUUAUUGAAUUAUAAAAUUCAAUAAAAGGGUGUGUCAGAAGGGGGUGUCAAAAUUUAUAUUCGACGCACUUUAUAAUCAAUGGUGUCUAAAUGCCUCAGUCAGUGCCUACUUGCACACAUAAAAAUUAAACCUUCUUUCUAUAAUCUACCAUAAUAAGUAUUGUUGAUAUUUCUGUUAUUUAUCACAUCUUUUGUUUUCUUAUUUAUGUUCUGCUCUGGUUUCCAGCCAGUGUUCUAUGUGAAGGUAUGUUAAGAUGGAGGAAAUAUAAACUCAAAAGAUUUUUUAACCAAUUUUCAGUGAUACUAAAAGCAUUUUCUUUAAGUCAGUAAACAAUGGAAUAUAAUUUUUGAAAUUAGAAAGUAUUCUUUUAAAGUUUGUUAUGAUUAAUAAAAUAAUCGAUCAAUAAAAAUCAGCUUAUUUUGAUUAAUAUCACAAGCAAGACCAAUAAUGAGCAACCCACAGCCCCCAGAGAUACCUACAGCCUGACUAGCUAUGCGACAUAUCUGCAAUCUAAUUUUAGAAUAAAAAAUUAGAAAGCUGUAUCUACAUUGUAAAACACCCACAUAUAAACAUUUUAGUAGCUAAAAAGCAGUGCCAAAUCCUCACUGACUUUCUUUUAUUCAGCAAAGUUGUACAAAUACAUAUUUUCCCCUCCAUAGGAAUUUCAUAUAGCCAUAUUUAUUUUGAAGAGGAAAAUAAUGUGGCCUUAAAUGCGUUACAUUUUUUUCUCAGCUCUGAGGCCAAAAAUGAUUGCUCAUCACUGAUAUAAAUCCAAACAGUAUUAUAGGUACUGAUAACAAAGUUCCAAAAGACAAAAUGGGGUGAAAUCACAAACGUAAUGUAUUUUAUUAAAACAUGUUGUCUUUGGCCUAGUCAGUAGAUCAUUUUAGGUGGACAAUGUUCUUGGUCAAUAUUAAGGCCAUUAAAAAUGAAUCCAGUAGCUUUAACAACAUUUAGUGGAGGCUUCUUUACUGUAGGUAAGGGGUCUCUCGCUUACAAGGCUCACAUUUGGUCUAGAAGAAAUUAUCUCCUUAGCGGGGAAUAUGAUUAUAUUAGUCACUCACCAAAGACUGAAAAUAAAGUCUGUUAUUUAAAGUUAAAUUGCAUUUAUUUUACACACAGGGAGACGAUUCUUAUGUUAUGUUAAUCUAAUUCACAAUUCAAUGGACUCUGUAUCCUAAGACUUAGAACUAGCAAUUCCUAUGCAAAUCAUUUGCUUAACUGAACCACAAAAAUUUUUUGUUACAUCCAUUUGUUUGAUGAAAUAAUCCAUGUUAUAAUUCAAAAUAAAGUUAAUAUACUACCCAA